GACUUUCGGGUAAACAAAAAUAAAAAUGGAUCUGAGAUCUACGUGGAUCUUUACAGCACUCAUUGUGUUUGUAAACCUUGGUAAGAAGAAGCUAUUUUUGCAUUAUGUAUUUAUAUAUAUAUAUAUAUAUAUAUAUAUAUAUAUAUAUAUAUAUAUAUAUAUAUAUAGAGAGAGAGAGAGAGAGAGAGAGAGAGAGUUAUAUAUAUAUAUAUAUAUAUAUAUAUAUAUAUAUAUAUAUAUAUAUAUACAGAGAGAGAGAGAGAGAGAGAGAGAGAGCAGUGUCACUCACGAGUAUUUUAAAGAUUAGGACCAACUUUGUUUUUUUUUCCCUUUGAACCUUAGUGCCAUUAAGACCACAUUGUCAUGUUCAUUGCUCCAUGCACACAAUUUCACUUGUUGUAUGUAUGUCACUAAAAAAAAAAUACCUGGCGUUUUCCAUGAACUGAACGCUGCUCUGAUCGACCCGUCUCAUCAGCCGUGGCAAGGUCUGCCGUCACACGAGACUCGUCCCGUAAACGAGACCUCCUGAACCUGGCCACCACCAUCCACGCGUACACUGGUCGCUCUGCCCUGGACUACAACGGCUACGGGUGUUUCUGUGGACUGGGGGGAUCUGGUACACCGGUAGAUGCCGUAGACAGGUACAUUUGUGCAAGCGUAAUGUUUGGUGACGUCAUGGCUCCUGCUUGAUCAUAUCGAGGCCUCCCGUAGCUCGGUGGGGGCGUAGAUCGAUGGGGGCCCAGCUCACGCACAUAUUUAGGCUCCGUUGUCCCACCUUAACCACAGUGGCGGCAACAAGGGAGUUAACGGUAGAGUUAUCUUUGGGAAUUCCCCACACCUGACUUUAGAUGAUUUGAGCAGAAUGUUUCCUACUCCGCCCCCCCCCCAUUCCCAAGACGCAAUAGUCGUUCCUUUGACUGGAAGAUGCCAAAGACACCUCUUUAUUUACACAUACGAAUUGAAUCCAAUAUAAAAAAAUUAUAAUUAUUAAAAUUCAAAACAUAAGCUUCAGAAUAAUUAAGUUUGAAAUUCAUAUCAUUUUUUGACUUUGGCAUUGUUUAAGCACUAGAACCUUUUAUGCUUGUAGAUUUGAUGUCUACCCGGAACAACUGACCUAUUUGGAGAUGUCAUUAUUUACGCCCGUAGAAUCUAUGAAACGAUUUGAUUCCUUUGUCUAGUUUCUUUUCGGUCUGAAAUAGUGAAGCGAUUAGUCGCAUCAGUAACUUUGUAUUUUUUAAACCUUCACCUGAAAUUAUCAGUUUAUAUGUUAGCACCUGUCUUGACUUUCAUUUCCAUUGUUCGUUUUCUUUCAGGUGUUGCCAGGCUCAUGAUCUUUGUUACCAUAGCACCAGCUGUUUGAUCCCCCAUCUGUCCCCAGAGAAGGAACAUUGCAGUGGCAACAGUUGCACGUGUACGGGUGAGUCCUCGCCAAAUUAGGCACUUCAUAUUUCUUUGUUUAUCAGCGAGGCACUUUAGCACAUAUCAUUUAUCCUUUGCUAUCUUAUCACUUUAGCAUAUGUCGUAUCACCAUAGCAUAUAUCAUAUCGCCUUAGCAUGCGUCAUAUCACUUUAGUAUAUGCCAUAUCACUUAAGCAUCCGUCAUAUCACUGUAUUAUAUGUCAUAUCACUUUAGCAUACCAUAUCACUUGAGUAUAUUAUUACUUUAGUAUAUGCCAUGUCCAUUUAUCACAUAUCAUAUCAUUUUAUCGUGUAUCAUAUCACUUAGCAUAUAUCAUAUAUUCAGUGUUGAAACUUAUCAUUGUUGAAACCUACAAAUCAAAAUUGAAUAAUUUGUUUAAAAGUCAAAGACAAGCGAACUAUCAUUGUAUUUUUUAUUAUAGCGUAUAACUUUCUUUUUUUAUAUUCAAGUUUAUAUAUGUGUUUUAAAAGUGUCUUUAUGUUUCAGAUCCCGCCGGCACCUGCAAUUACCAAGUCUGCCAUUGUGAUAUCACGUUUGGAGCAUGUCUGACUCAUGCCACCUAUGUACCCGCCCACAAAGGGUACUGUCCCUCCCAUGGGUAGAUAGAGCUCAUGAAAUAAAAGUGUUUUUAAAAAUAGAAAAAGAGU